GCCCUCUAAAAAUAGUCUUGGACCUGCAACAGGUUCUUCACUACGAAGCUAAAACUCAAUCAAUCCCAGAUGGAUAUCCAGAGAUUAUUUGAAGCUGCUCGCUGCGGAAACGUCGAGGUUCUACGCAAAUCCCUUCAGGAGAAUUCAUUGAUACUUACUGAAGUUGUCCUGACAACAAGCAGCAAAGACACACUUUUACAUGUUGCAACAAAAGCAAAACAGCUGAGUUUUGUACGUGAGCUACUUGAACAAAUGCCUGACUUAGCUCAUGAACUGGAUAAGGAUGGAUAUAGGCCAAUGGACAUAGCUGCUGUUGUUGGGAAUGUAGAGAUUGUUGCAGAACUCAACAAGAACAACCGCGGAACUUGUCGUCUCAAAGGCAAAGAUCAAAGAACACCACUUCACCAUGCUGCAAUCCAUGGUAGAAUUGAGGUUAUAAAUGAAUUGGUAUCAAAAUCUCCAGAGUCUCUUGAAGAUGUGACUGCUUAUAACGAGACUGUGCUUCACCUUGCUGUGAAGAACCACCAAGUUGAUGCCUUUGAUGUUCUUGUCGAAUUACUGAAAAGUUUCAACAAGGAGAAAGUCAUAAAUUGGUGUGCUACCAAUGGAAAUACUGUCUUGCACCUUGCAAUUUCUCGAAAACAAAAGGAGAGUGUCGAGCUUCUCUUGGGAAAUUUUGGGGCUUUGGAGGUGAAUGCCAUAAACUCGAAGGGCUUAACUGCUAUGGAUAUUUUGGAUAUUGUUAUGGAAGAUGUAAAUGAUGUCCAGCUCAAGAAAAUCCUUGAGCAUGCUGGGGCGAAAGGGGCUCAAGAAAUUAGCACUAUGAAACCUGCAUCUACUUCAAAUGAAGCCAAAGAAAAAUAUCAAACUCCACACGAGGAGCAUUCCAGAGACAAUUUUGAGAGUGUUCUAAAGUACUUCAAGUUUCAGAAGCACAGAGAUUCGGCAGGCGAUGCGCGAAAUGCUCUGCUUGUAAUUGCAGCACUAAUCGUCUCCGUGACUUUUCAAGCAGGAUUGCAACUUCCAACUAGCUUGGAACAGUUGGAACAAAAGGAUUCAAGUUCAACAACUUCUUCUAAUUCUGGUGAUCCUCCAGCCACCGUUGUCAAAUACUCUUAUUCUAGUCUUGCUUCUACUACCUCAUUGGCUCCUUCUGAAUCUCGUAAUCCCGCAAUCGUUGGCUUAAGCCUUGCUCAGCUAUCUAUUUCUGAAGUUACUAUCUUCCUAAUUGGGAACUCAUUGGCACUCUCAUGGGGAAUACUUAUAAUAGAGUAUCUCACAGAAGGAUUUCCUUUCCGAAGAGAGCUCGUCGGUUCUGUGUACGCUUUGAUGAUUACUUAUGGCUUUGCAGUAGGUAGCAAUGACAAACCAACAACAGCAAUUAAGUUCACACUUCUGACUACCUCUCUUGCUCUACCUUCUAUCAUACGAUACGGACCAUUUUGCGGAAGAAAGCUUAUCAACAAGUUGAAAAGAUCUUCAUCAGCUACUCAAGCUUCCCAGCCAUUGCCAAUCUCAAGAGGCUAAUAAUGUUUCUUGUUGGUAUGUAUUACUGGGGUCUUGUACAUAGGUUUUGGUAACAGUAAUGUAGUAGUUCUUUUGGCAUCUGAAAUCUCCUUGUUUCACCUUUUUUUUUUUAUAUAGUUUUUGCUUCUGCUUGUGUGUGAAAUGCUUUCUCUACUGCUGUUGUUAUGCAGCUCUUAUAUCAAAUCAAGUUCCUUUUUCUUGUUGUGAAUGAUACUUGAAUUGGAGAUUAUUAUAGGAUAUUUCGUUGGGAGAAACUAAGACAAAUUCAAAUAUAUCAAGCAGCGAAAUAAAUUACUCUCCCUCUUUUUGUGAA